GUGCCGCUCGGCAACUGCGUCGAUGUUGACGCUAAGCGGCGCCGCUCGACAUUUGCAUCAAUGGCCCUCUCGUCAAUCGACAACUACAUCAGAUGUAGAGCGGCCUUUACCUCUCGUUGCUGCUCUCCUCAUCCAUAAUAGUCACCCGUGGCACCCAGCGGCGCUGUCAUCUGGCACCACCAACGUUGUUUGCCGCUACAAAUUGGAAUGUUAAAAUAAUCUUUUUGCCUUUUGUUUUCGUAUUUUCGUUAGGAAAACCGAUGUUGUAAUGGUAAAUGGGCUUAAAUGUUUCACUUUCGUAAUUAUAGGGAUGCCAAUAUAACCUUUUAAAAUGUAGGGACGAGGAUGCUAAAGGUAGCUAACUACGUGGGGUAAUUUGUAAUGAGUCCCUGAUGCAUAAUAUCUGACCGUGCCUAUACACAUUGGAAUACAUGCUAUUUUAUUUAAUCUUUUGAUCCUUUAUUAAUUUCUUGUUGCUUGCCGCAUAAGUCGGUUCUCAAACGGUUAUGAACAUCAAAUAAUUUUGUAAUAUGAAUCGAUACCUAUUUGUUGCUUAGACAUAAUAAUAUGCAUACUUUAGUCAUCAGAUGGAACCACACAUGGGAGCAUAGCUCAUGUUUCUUGUCUAUUUUUUGCCCUUGGGAUAACUUCGUCACAUGCAUGCUGGUUCUGGCGUCUUGCUUUGAACCACAGUAAUGAAAUGUUGGACCCCUUUUCACACGUAUUUACUAAUUACACAUAGAGAAUGCAUUUAUAUAUUCAAUUUUGAGGCUAAGGGGUGCCAUCAUUAAUGGGAUUUGGAGAGGGCACUUAGGUACUAGAAGCUAUUAGGAGCUGUCACUGUAUCUUCAUGCUCUGCUCAUUACAUCGAAGCUCUUAGUUCUUUUUUGUUGCGCAUGGCUAUGGAUUUCUUCAUCCAUAGACGUGAUUUUAUAUUUUGCUGUGCCUUUUUUCUCAUUUUCAUUUCUUCGCAAUGAGAUGGUAGAUAUGUGCCUUGGCAGUCAUAAUAAACUGUGGUUUCAUUUUUACAUUGUUGAAACAUUAGUCAUUUUGGUAUUCAAAAUAAUUUUAUCUGACAUUUCAAAUUUCCUAUGACAUGAAUUAUCUUGUUUUGUUCUUGAACAUUGGUACAGUUGUUGUAGUAGAAAUAUAGCUCUGAGUAAAACUUGAACAAAACAAAAUUAGGCAAGGCAUUUCUAGGAAACUAUCUUCGAGAUAGAUAAUUUUCCCACUACAAUGCAGAUGGCUUCACAGAAAUUCUAUCUCUAAGGAUACAAUGCCUAUUACCUGAAAUAAUCAAGAUUGCACUUCUUGAUUACUUGAAGAAUCAAAACUCAACUAGAAAAUAAACAGAACGGUAGAAUUCAGUGCUUUGUUUGCACUAGAAUUUUCUUAUUGCUUUACUCUUCAAUAUAGCGGAGUUUAUUUAGACAUUGAAAGGAUGCUAAAACAUCCUUUCAGUUAUCCUAAGAGUUAUGACUUUUUGAACCAUUACAGCACAAUAAAUGCGUUUUAAAACUGCAAGUAGUUUCCAUAACUGUUCCUGACAUUUCUUUCCCCUUGUUUUUAGUAAAUCCUUAUAUAUAUCAAUCCCUGACUAAUUUACAUACGAUAAAAAUAUAAAUCAUAAAAUUACAAAUCGAAAUCUGUAGUAGGCAUAAGGGUAAAAUCUGCGAUGUAUAUAGUGCAUAUCCAUAAGUGGACUAACCUUAAACUUUGGACUAAAUAUAAGGAACCAUAUUCACAAAAUAUACGAAUUUGGAAUUCUAAAUUUGGCAAACCUUUUUUGGACUUUGCUCUGAAUCCUGACUUACCCAGUACUUGUUGGAUCGUACUGGUAUGAUCCGUAAGAAGCAGCCUCUUACUUCUCUAUUGGCAAAGUUAGACUCAUUAAGAGUGUCCACAAUCAUUGUAACUUAUACUGGAGGUCAUAAAAAAUAAUUUUGGCUAAUAUUUAUCUAAAUUCGCUUAACUUGAUCGUUAUCUAGAUACUGUGGUCAAACAUGGUGCUCAGUCUUAUAAAUUUUCUUAUAUUAAAACAUUUCCAAAGAUGUGUAUUUAGUGGCAAGUGACAAUUAAUUUCCAGCCCUCGGAUAUGAGUUGGUUUAGAACUGACCUAAUAAUAUAAAUUUUAUCAAUCUCAAAUGUUCAAUGUUGCAAAAAUGCAUGCAUAUCGUGUAUGCAUGCGCAUUUACUUUAAAGAAAUAAGAAGUUGCAGAAUGCAAGUUAAAUACUGUUGUUAAGCUAGACAGCAAAAGUGCUGCUUUUAGAUAGAGCAAAGAGAACUGGGGAAGUCCUAAAAAAAUAAAACGCAUGGAAAAGAUAGAACAAGAGAUAGCAGAGCCAAUAAUUGGGUCACUGGUCAAAGAAAACUAUACUUAUUUGUUAAUAGAAUCAUACACUAGCCUGACUAUUCCUCAUGUGAAGCAUUAUAAUACAAAAUACAUCUCAGUAGUACUAAUCUUACCAGGUUUCCCAAAAGAAGCUCUCUCAACAGCAACUGCUUAUUUUGAUGAAGUGUUUGGUUCAUCAAGCCUCUUAGUUUUCUUAUACUGUCCACUGCUUUGUCUUUACAGGCCAUACCGGAAAAUUUCAACACAAAACCCCAAAUGCUCCAAAGGACCUGACUCACACUAAGGGAUAUAGGACGCUUGGUAGUGUCUAAACCCACCAACUACAAUAGAAAAAUAAGUGGAAUUUAGUGUCAGUGCGCAGGUGUUAUUUGAAGCCAUUAUUUCAGUGGUGGAGAAUUGCUUGGAUGUGAGCAUGAGAAUGGGUAACUAAUCAUAGGUACUCUUUGUCAACUCGCAAACACCAUUCAGAGACUUAUCUCUGAAAGAAAUGGCUGAUUGGAACUGAAUGCAUGUGGAUUAACAUGAGUGGUGGAGGAAUGUUGUCUGAGACAGAUGAUUAGUUGAAAGUUUUCAACAUCCUUGAUUUGAGGCAGAGGAGGAAUUUGGAUUGGAGAGGGCCGAAAUAAGACUACUUUUCUUGUAUUUUUCUGCAAACAGUACGUGAUACUGCCUCAAAAGACAAUGUUUUUGGUGCAGAAGAGGCUUUUUUGCCUUCUCUCGUGUAACAAGCCCACCAUCCAUCUUUCCUCCUAUCAACUCUGCAGUCUCUUUAGCUUUUCCACUCCCGAAGACCACAGUUCAAAUCAUAGAUCCAAAUUUAUGUUGGUCGAACCCCUUCAGUCAUGUGAACUUUCCUCAAAAGAGGCUGCAAAAAUGGCCGAGGGUCGCAUCUGUGAAAAAAAACUUCCAAGUUCAAGUCCUUCCAUUGAGUUCUUUAAGCAGAGCGGUUGGAGUGAUGCACAAGUUAUGAAGCUUACCAAGAGGUCACCCCAGUUGCUGCAUGCUAAUGUAGAGACUGCCCUGAAGCCCAGGAUGAGAUCUUUGCAGGACAUGGGAUUUUCUGACACUGAAAUAGUUCAGCUGGUUUCAUUAUGUCCUCAUGCGCUCCUAUUUCGUGACAUCAAACCGAGGAUCAACUUCUGGAGGUCACUAUUAGGUUCGAAUGAGAGGCUUCUGAAAGCCUGCAAGAGGAACAUGUUUAUUCUUAGUUAUAGCUUGGCUCGGACGAUAGAACCCAAUAUAUCUCUCUUGAGGGAACAUGGCAUCAGUGACAAGCGUAUCAUGCAUAUGGUGGCGACAUUGCCAGGCUGUUUUGGUCGACUAGACAAAUUAAAGGAGGUUAUCAAAUAUAUUGAGGAAUUGGGUGUCCCACGUGACUCUGGAGUAUAUAUGUGUGCACUUCGUGUAGUCAUGAGCGUGAACAAAUCUAGUUUUGAUGCUAUCAGUGCGACUCUGAUGAGCUUUGGGUGUUCCCAGCCUGACAUCGUUGCUGCAUUCAGGAAGUGCCCAUACAUUUGGGCACUCUCAAAGAAGACCAUAUGUGACAAGAUGACAUUCCUGAUGAAGGAAGCUGGUUUUGAGCUGACAUCUGUCAUUCGUCGUCCCGUGAUUCUUACACUCAGUUUGGAUAAGAGGCUGAGACCUCGAUAUGAGGUUAUGAAUUUUCUUAAGCAGAAUAAAUUGCUGGAUGAAGGACAUAGUCUACUAUCCUUCAUACUACUAUCUGAGGAGAAGUUCAGAAAGAAAUAUCUUUUCCGGCACAAGGAGAAAUUUACUUCUCUCUAUGAUUCCUAUGUUGCCGCUGUGCAGGGAAUGCCACACGUUGUUACUUGAAAUUUAAAUUUUAAUUUAAAAUGAUCAAGUUCAUACUGACUGCACUAUUUAAUCAUCUCAAAUUUUGUGACAUUAUAAAUUCUCCAGGAGUUUCUUGUUGUAGAACA